AUGGAUCUGGGAAAGGCAAAGCUGCUGAGAACCGGCCUCAAUGCUUUAUAUCAAGCUAUCCAUCCUGUGCAUGGAAUUGCCUGGACAGAUGGGAAGCAAGUGAUACUGACUACUUUAUACUAUCAAAAUGGAGAGCUGAAGUUUGGAGACUCAAGCAUUCUUGGUCAAUUUGAACAUGUGCAUGGGCUUUACUGGGGCCCAUAUUGCUCUACGGACACCCCAGCUCUGCUCGCUGUUCAGCACAAAAAGCACGUAAGCAUUUGGCAGCUGGUCUACAGCAGUGCAGAGAAGAAAAAGCCCUUGAUUUCUCAGACUUGUGAGGUUGGUGAGCCAUUUCCACUGCUUUCUCAGGGCUGUGUCUGGCAUCCUAAGAAGGAGGUCCUGGCUGUGCUUACAAAAAGAGAUGCUUCAGUCUUGCACGCCGUUCGUACUGACAAUACGCGGGUUAAGGCAGAGAUCAAAAGCAGCGGACUUAUCCACUGUGCUUGCUGGACUAAGGAUGGUAAUCGUUUAGUAGUUGCUAUAGGCAGUACCCUGCACUCCUACAUAUGGGAUAAUGCUCAGAAAACUCUAAAUAUCUGCUCCUUUUGCCCAGUUUUUGAUGUGGGAGGUUAUAUCUGCGCUAUAGAAGCCACUCUGGAUUUCCAAAUUGCUGUAGCUACUGAACUUCCUUUAGAUAACAUCUGUGGUAUCAAUGCAGGCAUUGCAUUUGAUGUGCCCUCUGGUACAGAAGCUGGUUCUUUAAUCUCACAGUCUGCUUUGGUGCUUGGUGACGAGGAAUACUCCAUGGACACACGAAGAAAGUCCAUAGAUUCAGAUAGAUCAGGUGUUGAUUCAGUUGCUUCUUCUUCAUCAGGUCCUGUGGAUUUGACCCAUAUCCUUGCAAACCACCGUCGGUCUGAUCCCAGUCCUCUCAUUACUCUGAAACGCAAAGACUCUGCAGCAGCAAAUGGUCAAGAUUCUUCUCACUUGAUCUUGGUGACUUUUGAGAGGAAGGUAACAACCACCAGAAAAGUCACCAUCCCAGGUAUUUUGGUUCCUGAUAUAAUGGCUUUUGAUCUUAGAGCUCAGAUUGUGGCAGUAGCCUCUAACACUUCUAAUAUUGUUCUGGUGUAUUCAGUAACCUCUUCUUCCAUGCCUCACAUUCAACAAAUCCAGCUGGAAAAAAAUGAAAGACCAAAGGGCCUAUGCUUUUUAACAGAUAAACUCUUAUUGAUUCUGAUUGGCAAGCAGAGGUUCCCUGAUCCUAAUCUCAUUCCAUCUUCAAGUUCAGACAGGUAUGUAAUGCGUCUUAUGGUCAAGGAAUUGAUGCUGGAAGAAAAUUCUUCAGCAUUGCCUGAGACUAAGCAGAAUAUGUUUUAUAACUUUGAAUCCUCUGUUAAUAUACCUGGGAAAAGAAAAUUCUUUGAGAACCUUGCCACAGAAGAGCAGCCUCAAAGCAGGGAGUUGUUAAUACCAAGAAGCACAGUUAUUCAGUCUCCAAGUGGCAGGAGAAGACUCAUUGAAGAAGUAAAGAGCCCCAGUUAUGAGCAGAGCUCUUCAUCAAGUGUGAGUGACCUGGAUGAAAAAAGGCUCCCAGGUGACUCCUCGGUGGCCUUGGAAACAUUGGAUGCUGAACCUAUGAAUCGCUCAGUGUCUCUUCGUGGUUUUGGAUCACCCAGCAGGAUUUCCAGCAGACCAACAUCCCCUAAAGUGCAGUUCAAUGUGAUCCAAGAAGCAUCGAAUUCUCCUAAAAACAACAAUUUGCCAAGUGAAAGGGGAAUGAGUCACAUAUCUAGAAAUUUAGAGAGACUUUGUGGCAGUUUCAAUGAAUUACAGCUGAGCCUUUCUGAAAUAACAGACUUGGCUAGGAAUGGCAGGAGGAUUUCUUUAGCCUACCCGUGCUCCCAGGAACCGCCUGUCGUGCAUGUCACCUACCAGAAAAGCUUUUCAAAUGGAUCAGUUACUGAAGAAACAAAAGAUGUUCUCCUCUGUGAUGGCAAGAUCCAUUUGAGUUUAGUCCAGCAGCUGUUUGAUCUGCCUGUUAUUGAAAUGAAACACGGCUCUUCUUGGAUUGUGCUCACUGCAGACAAGGACGGCUUUGUGCCAUUAAUAUUCAAAGCCACACAAGAGAUAAUCAUAAGGGAUGGAACUGACAGUUCAGAAGUCUGUGGAGGACGCUCCUACAAAAAAAGCAUCCCAAUGCGACCACCAAGCAGAGUGACAUAA